UCUGACCGCUUCAUUCAGGUCUUCUCCUCUUCCUACCCCACCACCCAAUUCUACUGCAAUGGAUAGUCAAGUGAAGUAUGUUAAGGUUGAGAAAAUUGUGGGCCGCACUGGUUCAAGGGGACAGGUGACUCAAGUUAGAGUGAGUUUUAUGGAUGACCCGACCCGUCGCAUUAUGAGGAAUGUGAAAGGACCUGUUAGAGUGGAUGAUGUUCUCACUCUAUUGGAGUCUGAAAGAGAAGCCAGGAGGUUGCGUUAGAGGCAUAUACUCAAUAUUCUGGUGCUGGAUUUAAUAAUAAAAUUCAUUUUUU